UAUUCCUAGACCAGGGUUGCAGCAGCUUAAGGCAGACAGCGGAGAAAAUAGGUGCUGCCAGAUUGAGUGCAAUCUCUUCCUCUUCCAACCUGUAGCCUGGGACGCUGAUUCCAGACGCGCCUUACCGCGCAGCCCAAAGCUUCACUAUGGUGAAAAUCGCCUUCAACACCCCAACCGCCCUGCAAAAGGAGGAGGCACGACAAGACGUGGAAGCCCUCGUGAGCCGCACUGUCCGAGCUCAGAUCCUGACCGGGAAGGAGCUCCGAGUUGCCACCCAAGAAAAAGAGAGCUCCUCUGGGAGAUGCAUGCUUACACUCUUAGGCCUUUCAUUCAUCUUGGCAGGACUUAUCGUUGGUGGAGCCUGCAUUUACAAGUACUUCAUGCCCAAGAGUACCAUCUACCGUGGAGAGAUGUGCUUCUUUGAUUCUGAGGACCCUGCAAAUGCACUUCCUGGAGGAGAGCCUUACUUCCUGCCUGUGACUGAGGAAGCUGACAUUCGUGAGGAUGACAACAUCGCAAUCAUUGAUGUACCUGUUCCCAGUUUUUCUGAUAGUGACCCUGCAGCAAUUAUACAUGACUUUGAAAAGGGUAUGACUGCUUACCUGGACUUGCUGCUGGGUAACUGCUAUCUGAUGCCUCUUAAUACCUCCAUUGUUAUGCCUCCAAAGAAUCUGGUGGAGCUCUUUGGAAAACUGGCUAGUGGCAAAUAUUUGCCUCACACUUAUGUGAUUCGUGAAGACCUGGUUGCUCUGGAGGAGAUUCGUGAUGUUAGUAAUCUUGGCAUCUUUAUUUACCAACUUUGCAACAACCGCAAAGCCUUCCGCCUUCGUCGCAGAGACCUCUUGCUAGGUUUCAAUAAACGCGCCGUUGAUAAGUGUUGGAAGAUUAGACACUUCCCCAAUGAAUUUGUUGUUGAGACCAAGAUCUGUCAAGAAUAUUACAUCAACUACUCUUUUAGAAGGAUCCCUCGUGGUGCAGUGGUUAAGCCUUGGCUGCUAUCAAAAGGUCGGCAGUUUGAACCCACCAGCAGUUCCACAGGAGAAAGAUGUGGCAGUCUUCUUCAGUAAAAGAUUACAGCCUUGGAAACCCUAUGGGGCCUUUUUACUUGUCUUAUAGGGGUGCUAUGAGUGAAAAUCGACCACACAGCAAUAGUCUUUAGCUUAUAAAAAGGAUCCCUGGUGAGGUAAGGGUUAAGCACCUGGCUGCCAAAUGGAAGCUUGGCAGUUAGAAGCCAUCCCACUGAUCCCAGGGAGAAAGACCUGAAGAUCUGUUGCAGUAAAGAUUACAGCCUAGAAAAUCCAAUGGGACAGUUCUACUCUGUCACACUGGGUCGCUAUGAGUCGAAAUAGACUCGGCAGCUGCUGUAGGGUUGUUAUGAGUCAGAACUGAGUUGACAGCAAUGAGUUUGGUUUGGGGUAUGUUUAUGCUCUUCUAGAAGUAACCCCGUAAUUAGCUCCUUGUAUAAAUUCAACUAUUUAUUAAAAGCCUUUAAGUUACAUUCAGGCCCACAGCAUGUUCAAGUCUCUUCCAAAUUUAUCUUAAACCACUAGUCAGCACCAUGCCUAUUUGUGAAACAUAAGAAAGGAUGCUUGCUAUUGCAUUAUUCAAUUUUUUUUAGACAUUCUGGUCAAUGCAGUGACAUGUGAAACAAAUAACAAGUAUCACUUUUUAAAUGGGGUUCAAUUUAUUACUACAUGUGAUUUUUUAAAAAUAGAACACUAAAGAUUAAUUGAAAACUUUUAAAAUUCAUAGGAAGAUUCAGUAUAAGAAACACAAAAGCCAAUGUCUAUCAUUUAUACCACCAAACCUGUUGCCGUAGAGUCAAUUUUGAUAGUACCAAUAACCAAUUAAAGCGUAAUACAAACAGGUAAAAAUAUUCUGCUCACAAUAGAAACAGGGACAUAAAAUAGAGCCAACAAGAAAUUCAUGGAAUUAUUAUGAAUAAAAUCACAAAACUUAAUUAAGAGAUACCAAAGAAAAGUAGAAUAAAUGGAGAGGGAAUAAAGAACAUUACAGAUAGAUAAAUUGUUCCCCAAUUGAAUUUAUUAGUUUAACUCUAUUUCAAUCAAAAUCCCCCAAAAAUUGUUCUUGGAACUUGGCAAAAUUAUCUGAAGGUUCAUCUGGAAGUAUAAAUAGGUGAGAAUAGCUAAAGGAGAAAAUUGAAAACAAAGUAGUCGAAGGCAGGGGUUUCUUACAUGAACAGCUAAUAAACCGAAGGUGACAUUCAUGCAAGAUAGACUAUGAUGCCCAGAAAAAAGAACCUAGUAUACAUAAGAAGAGUAUCCUAAAGAAAACAAUGUAAUGAGAUGCACUGUUUAUAAAAUUUUGCUGGUAAAAGUGGUUAAAUGAAAAAGCAAAACAAAAAUUCUACCUAUUACACUAUGAAGUAGCAUAAGGCUAGUAGUCCCCCAGGUGUAGUCUCUCCUAAGUUUCACUACCAGUGAAUAUGUUGAAAAAGAAAAGCUCUCAGAAAUACUUAAAGUAUAACUGAAUGAUAACCUGAUACCAGAAUGUGUGAAGAAUUCGUAUGUAACAGAGACUGCCUCUCUCACCAUCUGUCCACUCAAUCAGAGGUCAAGAUUUGUAUAAAUCAAACAAGUGGGCAUUCAUCUCUCUGAGAGAUGUUCUAUGAAGCAUACUUUUGGGUUUCAUACCCUGCGCUGCUUUUCCCUUCUAUCUCUUCACCCACCUCCACGUGAUUAUUCAUUAAUUUAUUUGGUAAUGAGUCAGGAAUUGUGCUAGGCAUUGGGGACACAUACAGCUGUGAACAAAACAGAGAUAGACACUGCUCUUAUGGGCAUAUAAUACCCUGGGGGAGACUUUUUUUCAAAUAAUUGCACUAUUUUAUUAUAAAUAAAAAUUACAGAGUGCUUACAACAGUAUGUAACAGGGUGUCCAAACUUGGACUAUCAGUGAAGUAUUACCUGAGAAAGUUAAAUCUUUUGAUGAGUAGUAUAAAUGUGGUAAAUGAAAGAAGAGCAUUUCAGGCAGAAGAAAGCCUGAGCUAAGUUCUUGAGUGAUGAAGAAGUGUGGAAUGUUGAAGAAAAAAAGCUAGAGGGGCUGGAGCACAUUGAGUAAAGAAAAUUGUAUGAAAAGAAGUUGGAAAAAUAAAGUCCAAAUCAUGCAGGACCCUGUAGGGACGAUUUAUUAAGGUGUAAGAAAGUGUUAUGGAUUGAAUUGUGUUCCUCAAAUAUAUAUGUUGUAAAUCCUAAACCCUAUACAUGUGGAUGUAAUUUUAUCCGGGAAUAGGGUUUUCUUUGUUAUGUUAAUGAGGAUAUAUCAGUGUAGAGUGUGUCUUAAACGAAUCGCUUUUGAGACACAAAAGGAGCAGAUCGGGCACAGAAGCAAGCACAGAUGCAGAAAGAUAGAUGCCACAUCACAUGAAGAUCACCAAGGAACCGAGGAACAGAAGUUGAAAAGAGAAAAGGAUCUUUCCCCAGG